AUGAAAAUACGUUGUUAUAUUCUUACACUUGCAUCAUUUCUCUUUUCGACAACAAAUUAUGUAUUUUGUGAUAAAAGUGCACAACAGUAUCUUGAGGAAGGCUCUGAACUGUUUAAAAGAAGUCUGUAUGAAGAAGCCUUAAAAAAUUACGAUGCUGCUAUUGGACAAGAACCCGAUAAUUACCUCUCAUAUUUCAAACGUGCUACAACACAUUUAGCAUUAAAAAGUAAUAGUUUUGCAUUACAAGACUUUUCUAAAGUAUUAGAACUAAGGCCAGAUUUUGAUCAGGCUUUAAUUCAAAGAGCAAAAUUAUUUAUCACAGAAGGUUCACUAGCAGAAGCUAAGCGCGACCUUACAAAAUAUUUUAAAAAAGCUCCAAAAGAUGAUGCAGUUAAAAAAUUGUUGGAAUCGAUCACUAAAGCAGAAGAAUCUAUAUUAAAGGCUGAAAAAUUGUUUAAAGAAAAAAAUUAUGAAGGUUGCAUUAAUGAGUUGAGUCUUGCUUUGGAUAUUUCACCAAAAUCUUAUAAAUCAAGGCUUUUGAGAUCAGAAUGUUACCUGGCCAAUGGAGAAGUUGAACAAGGUGUACGUGAUUUAACAUAUGUAUCAAAAAUCAAAUCUCUAGACUUGAACCAUUUUGUAAAAUUGGCCAAAUUAUAUUUCUUUUCAUUGUAUAAUCCAGAGCAAGCAGAUAAGGCAAUCAAGGAUUGUCUUAGAUCCGAUCCAGAAAAUGCAACAUGUAAGUCACUACGAAAAAAAACUAGAAAUUUGAAAAAAGAGAUUGAUAGAGUUGCUGGUGAUAUUGAUGGAAAGAGAUUUACACUAGCAAUUAAAAAAUUAUUUGGUUCAUAUGUUGAAUCAAAUAAAAAUAAAAACGAUCAAAAUAAACAAAAUCGUCGCCAGGCAACGAACGAUAAUAAAUCUACUGGUUUGAUAAAAGAAAUUAAAGAUGAAAUACAAAAUGCUAAAGAAAUUUUAGUAAAAAACGAAUUAUUAAAACAAUUAUAUGAAUGGACUUGUAUUUCAUACUCUGAGCUAAAAGAUACAAAAAAUACACUUGAAUGGUGUAGUGAAACAUUGAAAUUUGACGAAAAUAAUACAGAAGCAUUGAUUAAUCGUGGAGAGGCAUAUAUAAAAGAGGAGGAGUAUGAUGCAGCAAUGGAAGAUUUUAAAAAAGCACAUGAUAUUAAACCAGACAACAGAGCAACUCAAGGAUUUCAGAAAGCAAACAAAUUAAAGAAAAUGGCAAAGAAAAAAGAUUAUUACAAGAUACUUGGUGUACCACGCUCAGCAUCUACAAGGGAUAUCAAAAAAGCAUAUAGAAAAUUAGCACAACAAUGGCAUCCUGAUAAAUAUAAAGGUGAUUUAACUCUUCAACAAGUUGAAGCAAAAAUGAGUUCAAUUAAUGAAGCAUAUGAAGUUUUAAGCAAUGAUCAAUUAAGAGAAAGAUAUGAUAAUGGGGAAGAUCCAAAUGAUCCUGAUAGACAGAAUUCAAACUUCUUUUAUUCUGACGGUAAUCCUUUUACGGAGUUUUCCAGACAUGGAUUUCAAUUUGGUGGAUUUCCAUUUGGAGGGUCUGGUGAAGGAGAUGGUCAUUAUUCUUUUCAAUUCAAUUUUCCUUAA